AUGAGUGAACGAAUAUUUAAUCCCCAUCAGCGGGCGUUGCUAUUUGGGCAAUAUGCAUCUGCUUCAACUGCAACUGGCAUAUCAGACCCAUUUACACGACAUCAUUUGGAUGUGAGUCAAUCACCUCCAGCAAAAUUGAAUAAAUUGUGGAUCGCGAUCAUUGCGGUUGCUGCAGCACAUUUGGGUAUUUGGUAUAUCGCAAAACAAUUACCGACACCAGCUUUGGACAUUGCAAAGCCAGAACCCGUGGUGAUUGAAAUUGUCAAACCAGUGGAACCACCUAAAGUCAUUGAACCUAAAAUUCCACCAGUGACGCAAAAACCCAAAAUUCCGCCUGUGGUCGAAAAACCAAAACCGAUUGCGAAACCUAUCGAACAGCCGAAACCUGUUCAAAAAACUGUGGAGCAAGCCAAACCGAUUGUAAAACCCAUUGCGCAAGACACAGUUCAAAAAACUGAGGAACCUGUUGUAAGCAAAAAACUGAGUACUGAACCUGCUCCAAAAACAGCAGAACCAGUGAAGCCUGCUGAUGACAAUUUACCUGUGACAGAAGCCAAGGGUUAUGCAGGUUAUCUAAGCAACCCCGCAGCAGAGUAUCCAGAACAGGCCUUAGAACGUGGUUGGGAAGGCUCGGUGAUUUUAAGGGUCAAAGUAUUGCCAAACGGUAGCCCAGAUAGCGUAACGGUCAAACAAAGUAGCGGCAAAAAACUUUUAGACAGCGCGGCUGUAAGAACAGUAAAGCAAUGGAAAUUUUCACCGGCCUUAAAAGGUAAAACACCUGUCGAAGAGGAUAUCUACAUGACAGACAUAAAUUCAUUGAUCCAUGACGGCACAAUCUGGUUAUUGGUUACUUUCUCCAUCGUCACAUGGGUGUUGAUCGUGGUUAAAGUGGUACAGACACAGAAAGCCAGCAAGCAAAGUAAGGUCUUUGUCGAAGCCUUUUGGAAAGCCAAAAAUUUGCCUGAGGCAGUGACUCAAUCACAACAAGGUGAAGGUCCUACAGCCCGUGUUGCAAAUGCCGGUUUUCAAACCUUGAUUGAGGCAGAUGAAAAGACUCAUCAAGAUUUGCAAAACAGUUGGAGUCGGCAGGAUUUAUUAGAGCGUCAUUUACGCAAGCAAAUUUUAACUGAACGUCGUCAAUUGGAAAAAGGUUCUGCAUUAUUGGCUUCGAUUGGCAAUAACGCACCGUUCAUUGGACUAUUUGGAACAGUGUUUGGGAUUAUUCAUGCUUUACAGGCCAUUGCACAUUCAGGUAAUGCAAGUAUGGAUGUGGUUGCAGGGCCAAUUGGUGAGGCCUUGAUUGCUACAGGUAUUGGUAUUGCUGUGGCGGUACCCGCUGUGUUGGCUUAUAACUAUUUCAUACGUAAAGUUAAAACCAUCGGUGCAGACCUCGAUGAUUUUGCUACUGAUUUUGUCAGUUUAAAUCAAAAAGCGGGCUUUCAGUUACCUGUCGCUAAGCCAAAAAAUACCACUGGAAAUACUGUAGUCAAUCAUGAUGCAUCCAGUAAAGAAGUCAAAGAAAAAGGAGUGUUUGCAUAA